AUGUCACGCGUUGGAGCUCCACGUACUCCAUGCUCAAGCGCUACGUCGCCAUCCGCACGUAUAUCAGGCUCCUUGGGCGAUCGCAAUGUUUUGCACCUCACCCCGACCGACGACCAAGACGACGAAAUCGACGCUUUGUUGCUCGAGCUUGAUGAGCUUGAAUCGGUGACGUUGGCGCUCCAAGAAGAAGCUACCUCCAUGCUGGAUGUCCGUAACCUCUUUGAUGAGUGUAUGCUACUUCAUUCGUCGGCUUCCAAGCGCUUGGCGUCUAAUUCAGCCGUCGUCAGACACGCGGAUUUUGAAGUUGCCAUCACCAAGAUAUUGGACCAAUCAGUUGCUAGAAUGAGUGAUGGUCAAGUCACGAGUGUUGAUCGUUUGAAGAUGCCCCCAAAGGUCUUGGAUGCAAGCCAGGACAAGCCAUUGACGCUGGCGCAACGUGCGAAGAAGCACCUCAAGGUCUCAGCCGAUGCUGACUCCUACGUGGACUGUCGAUUUAUCCGUCCGACGUCGAAUAUGUGCGAGCGAUUUUUUUCCUGGGCCAAGUAUGCAUUGAACGAUCGUCGUCGCGCCACAACCCCCCAUAACUUUGAACAGCAAAUGUUCCUCAAAAAGCGCUUGGCCAAGCAGCUGGAGACAAGACGCGAAGAGGAUGGACCUGCUUGCCACGGGCAUGCGAUGGACGACGCUCUCAGUUCACGCGAUCGCUGCUGCGAGCAAGGUCCCGGGGUCGAAGGUGGCGCAAUGGAACGAUCCCAUCCCCAGGGUGGGCCUCAGUUGUUGGUGCUGUGGGGGUCGUUGUUGAUGGGCCAAGUGAGCUUGGAGGUGCCUGUGUUGUGCAACAACGUGGUCACUUAUUUUUGUUGCCAAGCGAUGGCCAAGAGCGACGUGGGGUGGGAUGCCGGAUGA